GCCGAAGAAAAAUGAGGAAGGGAAUAUACCAGUGAAUAUUAUGGAUGUGUUUGCUUAUAAAUUCAGAGCACAGGUCCCCUCCAUUGCUCAUUCUCUCCUUACUCCUUUCUCUCUCCUUUUUCUCGAGAAAAUACAUACAAGAACAAAAGAAAAAGAAAACCAAAGGUUAAGUUUUUGAGAGAGUUUUGUAGCUAGCUAGCUAGCUAGGCAGCCAUGGCGAGAGAACAGUUGCAAGUUCUUAAUGCACUAGAUGUUGCUAAAACACAAUGGUACCAUUUCACAGCCAUCAUCAUAGCCGGGAUGGGAUUCUUCACCGAUGCCUAUGAUCUCUUCUGCAUAUCACUUGUGACCAAAUUGCUUGGCCGCAUAUACUACCAUGUCGAUGGUGCAGAGAAGCCUGGUACUUUGCCACCUAACGUCUCGGCCGCUGUUAAUGGUGUGGCCUUCUGUGGAACAUUAACCGGCCAGCUCUUCUUCGGUUGGCUUGGUGACAAGAUGGGAAGAAAGCGAGUCUAUGGAAUGACCCUUAUGAUAAUGGUUAUAUGUUCUGUAGCUUCAGGUCUUUCCUUUGGUCACAACCCAAAGUCUGUCAUGGCUACCCUUUGCUUCUUCAGAUUCUGGCUUGGUUUCGGCAUAGGUGGAGACUACCCUCUUUCGGCUACAAUCAUGUCUGAGUAUGCCAAUAAGAAGACUCGUGGUGCUUUCAUUGCUGCAGUCUUUGCCAUGCAAGGUUUCGGUAUUUUAGCUGGUGGUUUAUUCGCAAUCAUUGUGUCUGUAGCGUUCAAAACACAAUUCAGUGCCCCGGCUUAUGAGGUUGAUCCAGUUGGAUCGACUGUUCCACAGGCCGAUUUCGUUUGGAGGAUCAUUCUAAUGGUGGGAGCUCUCCCGGCUGGAAUGACUUACUAUUGGCGGAUGAAGAUGCCUGAGACUGCGCGGUACACUGCUCUUGUGGCCAAGAAUACGAAGCAAGCAGCCUCUGACAUGUCAAAGGUUUUGCAGGUUGAGAUAGAGGCUGAACCAGAGAAAGGUGUGCAAUCAUCUGAGAAAAGUGCCAACUCAUUUGGUUUGUUCUCUAAGGAGUUUUUGCGCAGACAUGGGCUUCACUUGCUUGGAACUACUAGUACUUGGUUCUUGCUUGACAUUGCUUUCUACAGUCAAAAUCUUUUCCAAAAGGAUAUCUUCAGUGCUAUUGGAUGGAUUCCAAAUGCAAAGACCAUGAAUGCUCUCGAAGAAGUGUACAAGAUUGCCAAGGCUCAAACACUUAUUGCUCUUUUCAGUACUGUUCCUGGCUACUGGUUUACAGUGGCUUUCAUAGACAGGAUAGGAAGAUUUGCCAUUCAGUUAAUGGGAUUCUUCUUCAUGACAGUCUUCAUGUUUGCAUUGGCAAUUCCUUACAAUCAUUGGACUCAUAAGGAAAACCGAAUUGGUUUCGUUGCCAUGUACUCACUGACCUUCUUCUUCGCCAAUUUCGGGCCUAACGCCACCACAUUCGUCGUGCCAGCUGAGAUUUUCCCAGCCAGGCUCCGGUCUACAUGUCAUGGGAUCUCAGCAGCAUCUGGAAAGCUUGGGGCCAUGGUUGGCGCAUUCGGGUUCUUGUAUUUGGCUCAAAGCCAGGACAAGACCAAGGUAGAUGCAGGCUACUCUCCUGGCAUUGGUGUGAGAAACUCACUCAUUGUGUUGGGUGUAGUAAACUUUCUAGGCAUGAUGUUUACUUUCUUGGUGCCUGAAUCAAAAGGAAAGUCAUUGGAGGAGAUGUCCGGUGAGAACGAAGAAGAAAAUGCUCAAGUAGAGCUGGAACAACCACCUGGCUAUAACAACAGAACAGUCCCAUUUUAGGCCUUUAAGUUUUAGGAUCCUUAAUCGUUGUAAGGAAAUGUGUAAUGUUUUUCUUUUCAUAUUGAAGUGAGUCUAAUAUCUGUUAUGUUCAGUGAUUUUGAAAUAUAUAUAGAAUAUAAGUUUAUAUCCAAA